UGACGGAAAUGACGGACGAAUUUUGACAGCUUUGAUUGGAUAAAAAAUUGUUGUGCGCUAUCAAUAAAACAUAAUUUGUCGUUUUUAUCGUAGGUUCAACCAAUUUUAUAUUCUCAUCUCAUCAUCAUGAACAGAAUAUUUGGUAGAGGAAAACCUAAAGAACCUGGUCCUAGUAUUACGGACUGUAUCACCAAUGUCGAUGCCAGAGCAGACAAUAUCGAGCAGAAAGUACAAAAACUGGAGAAUGAGCUUAGGAAAUACAAAGAUCAAAUGAACAAGAUGAGGGAAGGUCCAGCAAAGAACUCUGUAAAGCAGAAGGCUAUGCGGGUCUUGAAACAAAAGAAAAUGUACGAACAACAACUGGAUAGUUUGCGAGCUCAGUCUUUCAACAUGGAGCAGGCGAACUACGCCACACAAACCCUGAAGGACACACAGGCCACGGUGACUGCGAUGAAAGACGGUGUCACUCAAAUGAAAAAGGAAUUCAAGAAAAUCAACAUUGAUAACAUUGAGGACGUAAACGAUGAGCUGGCAGACAUGUUGGAGCAAGCUGACGAGGUUCAAGAGGCGCUGGGCCGGCAGUACGGCAUGCCGGAGAUCGACGAUGAUGAGCUGGCCGCAGAACUCGAUGCUCUUGGCGACGAGAUAGCUCUGGACGACGACACGUCAUACCUCGAUGACGUAGUGAAGGCACCGGCAGCGCCCGACAAGGAACCCGGCGCGGACAGCGUACGAAACAAAGACGGAGUGCCCGUGGACGAGUUCGGACUGCCGCAGGUGCCUAGCGUUGUGCAGACGUCCCGUUAAAGUGAGGGUAGGUGAGCCUUUGUUCUUUGAUUGUGCGGCAUGACACGUCUCAUUUUGCUAGGGUCUUCUUCUUGUCGUGUCGACAACAAAUCUACACAGUGUCAGCCCAAAACUCCGCCACGAGAGUGGCGUUGGCAGUAGCCUUCAGUUAAUCUUCCAGCGUGCAGUUGUUUGGGCACGCAGGGCAAGACCUCAUGUGCUUCGUUGACUGGGGAACCAAACCACACUUGCACUCCACGCUUUAGCCAUCCAAGAAUCCCCACUUAAACAGAUUGUCCUUACUACGGCCGACCUGAGUCCGAAGUCUAUUUAAAGACUUCCAGGUAAGCCAGGGGAGCUCAUGUCCAGGUGGAGUACUCCCAGACAUAGGGACAAAAGGGCAGGGAAGAUCACCUCUCUCAAGCCAUAACAUUCAUCUCUCUUUUGAUCGAUCGUCAUGAAGGAGAGGGGGCAAACAUUUUACGAAAUUUCUUCGGCUUUUAAACCUUUCGUAAUUAAAAAUUCGUAAUUUUGCUAGGGUUAUAAUGAUUGUUUAGUCAUCAGGGCACUUACACCCGUAUUCACAAACGAUGCUUGCUUAAGUGAAGCAGCUAAUCGAACGCACAGCGUUGAAUAGAGCUCUGUGAUUGAUUCGUUUGUCACCCUGUGCGUCCACUUUAUCAUAGGUGGGUAUGUUGAAAGCUAUCGUAUUUACAAUCAUCAGAUGGCGCCACUAGUGGUUAAUGCUGAUUUGCUUCUCACGUUCGAAGGUGAUCUAUUGUGAUGAUAAAUUCUCAAUUAAAAUCCCUUAAUCUGUCAUUCAUUAGUAUCAUGACGAUCAUUCCUGUGCUUAAAUGCAUAGAUAAAUGCCAUUUUCUUUUAAAUCACCACCUAACUUAGAAUAUAUUAGAACAAAGGCUCACCUGAUGUUAGACAUAGUAAGGUUACAGCAGUUCUCAUGGCUUCAGAGGAUACAUGAAACUGCCUCAGCAUAAUGCUGUGAUUUCUUUAUAGUAACUCACCAUGCCUACGCAAAUAUAAUAUAAAUGUACAUUUAAAUAUAAAUUUAAUAUAUCUUAAGUUUUAUAAUACAAUUAUGCUUUUUGUUGUAAACCAAGAAUCACAUCGCGUUAACCGCUUGUGUUACUUUAAAUUGUGCAGUAAUUUCUGUAGAAUAAGAUUUGGCAAUUUUUUUACUGAUCAUGCAUACUUUUUUUGGUCAGGGUUCUCUUUAGUGAUUUGAUAAUCAGAUCAAAUUAAAAAGGUUUAGGAGAGUAUAGAGAUUGCACUUUAGCAUAAAAAAGUCCCACCUUUUCUUUAGUCGCCUGAUGUAUUUGGAAGUUAAUUAACGCAGGAAAACAUUCCAGAAGCUGUGGUUUCAGAAUUGGUAAAAUAAACAUUUACAUAUAUCUGGUUAUCGGAUCACGACAAUAAUGCUUUCAAAUGUAUACGUAAUUAUUUUCCAGAAUAAUUGGUUCUUUUGAGAUUAACUACUAAUUAUGUUCAUAAUUGUAAAGAAAAUCAUUAUGUGAUUGCAAAUAGAAAAAUAUACUUUAUUGCGAAUUGCUUUAAAAUUAGAUUUUAAUACAUUAACAAUAGCAACACAAUUAUUUGAUUCUUAACACUCAUCAUUUACAUAAUAUAGGUAUUACUUAUAGGUACUUUUAAAAAGCAUAAAAUAAAUAUUGUUUCAAAAAUGUG